UCAUGUGUUGUAAAGCUGACAUUAAAUGGACAGUCUGAGUAAGUUAAGAAUAAGGUGUGGUGAAUACUACAAAUAAUAAGCAAAGCAGUUUUCUGGCAUACAAAACAGAACCAGUUAUUGCAGAAAAUGCUCAAGUUGAUAUAAAAAAUACCAGUAUUUAUUAUUACUACAAUAAACGAUAACCACAAAGUAAUAUUGCUAUGUUCAUGUAAUGGAGAUUAGCUGACCAUAGCCUCAGAGGUUUUCUUUGUAUAUAAUGAUGUUAUUUUUGCUAUGAUUUUGCAGUUUUUUCAGAAUAAUAAUAAAAGAAGUAGUUUUUGUAUGUAUACAAUUGUUUAAAGGUGUAUUUUUUAAAAUGAAAGCAAAACUUUCAGACAAUUAAAUGUUUAAUUUUAUUUUAAUAAUUUUAUAAUUAUUUUACCAUAUCCAUGUAAAAAAAUCUUACCACACAAUUAUGUUUUUAUGGUAAUUGCAAUAAAAGAUAAAUGUUAUUUCAAUUUCUUCAAACUGAAUGGGUCAUCUUGUGUUAAAAAUUCAUCGUUAAUUUACUUUACAUAUCGGAUGAAACAGAAGUGCAUACUAUUUUACGAUCUUUCGCUCUUGACAAAUGAAGGAAGUUGGUAGACGCAUGUCUUGUGUUGCAUGUUUUUGUUUUUAGAAGAAUAAAAUAAAAAUAAAAUGAAACAAAAACAUUGGAUAGACAUUCAAUAAAACAAUAUGGCAGGAGAAGUUUGGAGACCUACAGAAAGAAAUACAAAAUAUGGAGUUGCAGUGUGCAAUUUUCAUGCUAACACAAUUCUUCAUGGAUUGUCCCUACGAAUUGGAGAAACAGUUCAAAUACUCGAGGAAUGUGGAGAAUGGUUUAAAGGUCGAUUAAUGAGAAAUAGUCAUAUGAAGGGUAUAUUUCCAAAAAACUGUAUUAAAAUUAAAGAUGCCAUUCUGAAUAAUCCUGGGCCAUAUGAAAUGGUUACGCCAGUUUUAGAACCAGUUGUUGAAGAAGUAACUGGAGUCCUUCGAGAAUGGGGAAUACUACUUAAAGAUUUUUAUUUGGAAAGAAAAAUGCAACUAUAUUCAGUUUUAAGGGAAACUAUGAAUCAACUAAUGGAGCACAGAAGAGAAAUUAUAUUCGGUAAACUAACUAAGGAUCAGCAGAGUGAAGUUCGUGAAAAAGUUACAUUAAAAGUUGAUGUUAUCAAUAGGAAACUUAACUUAGAUCUUGUACCACGUGUGGAUAGUGAAGUUAUCGAUGCAGAUGACACAAGUCUUGUUGAGCUUUACAAAAUUCAUGUAGCUAGCUCCGAACGAACAAAGCCAACUGCAAAAGAUGGUAGAAGAGUAAGCAAUAAGUUUAAAACGUUGACAAAAUAUCCAACUGUGAAAAGAACUGCACCAGUGCCAGAGAAAGGUGUGGUUAGCCAUCAUGUUUUUAUAUCGUUUAAAUCGUUCAUGUGCAACGUUGGUGAUGUAUCAAUUCUUUUAUUUGCUUUGUACGAUGCAAAAUCUGGUUCAUACAUCAGUGAGAAGUACAUGGCAAAACUUACCAAAGCUGGCAUUCCAUUUGAUUUGGAACUCCUAGGAAAGCAGUUUGGUAUUUUUACUGAUUUGACAACCUCUGAUAUGAUGAAAGAUGUGUAUCUGGUAUGCAAAAUAUUUAGAAAAGGAAAACUUGUAGCAGAUUCCAAGAAAACAGCUAAUGCUGAGUAUAGAAGGCCAUAUGGAGCUGGAGUUAUUGACCUUUAUGAUGUUAUUUCUGGAGAUCAUGACGAUGAAAAAGAAUAUACAAUACCAAUAUACAAUUGUAAUGAAGUUGAAUUCCAUGUGCUGGAAGAUUAUAUAAUCAGAAAACAAAACGCAAAAUAUAAUACUUUUGGUUCAAAUGCUUAUGGUGUGUGUGUAGAAGUAAAAGUGUUUCACGGGGAUGUAGAAAAGGUUGUCAAAGAAAAAGGAAAGUGUACAUUAACACAACGACUUGGUUUCCCAGAGGUCAUACUACCUGGUUAUGUGAGGAAUGAUUUUUAUGUGACAUUGUGCAAAGCAGAUUUCGAAAAAGGUUCAAAGUCAUCUAGUAAGAAUGUUGAAGUUGCUUUAUGUGCAGUAUCAGAUCGUGGACAAGUAUUUAACGAUUGCAUCUAUAUUGGAUCAGGAGAUAAACCUGUGUCAGAAUACCGUUCCUAUGUUCUCUAUCACUCGAAUUCACCCAACUGGAACGAGACUAUCAAAGUGUCUCUACCAAUCGAACAAUUUCAUACUGCACAUCUUAGAUUCACAUUCAGUCACUGCUCAAGAAAUGAAGGUAAAGUUAAAGGGGAAAGAAUAUUUGGUUUUUCUUUCAUCAAGCUUCUACAGAAUGAUGGCACUGUUAUUAAGGAUGACACUUACGGUCUUUUCAUAUACAAGUUAGACAAUUCUAUUAACUUCGCAUCUGUGCAAUCAUAUCUUCGGCUGCCACAUAAUCGUUCUGAACUGACCAAGCAAGAAACAACGGGUGUGGUAUUUGCUGGCCCCCACAGAAAUAGUAAAGAAAGUUUCACGAUUCGCACUUUACUCUGUUCAACUAAACUUACACAAAAUUCUGAUAUUGUUCAUCUGUUGCAAUGGCGGAAGUUGAAACACGAAGAAAUUUUAAAUGCUCUAGAGUCACUGUUGAAGGUGUCACCUGAAGAAGUGAUCAAGUUUCUUCAAGAUGUGUUCGAUGCGCUCUUUAAUAUUUUAUCUGAGAAUAAUAACGAUCUCUCGGUGCCAGUGUUCAAAGUUUUAGUUUCCAUAACAAAGAUUGUCGAGGAAGUGAAAUACGAACAAUUUAAAUCAACACUAAGUACCUAUAUUGAGCAACAUUUCAGUGCAGCGCUAGCAUACAGGUCACUGAUAUACAGUUUAUGUCAAGUGGUCGAAAACUGUCUGGAUAGCAAGCUGAAAAUUACUUUGAAGAAUUCGAUGCUGAGUAUCAUGUACAUCUGCAAAACAAUAAUUCGUUCAUACCAACUUCACAACAGUUCAACUGAAAAUACAGAAGUGUUAAGUGAUUUUAAAGAACUUCUGGAGAAAUUUUUCAGGAGUAUUGCAAACAUGAUGGGAGUGGCCAGUGAAACUCUAAAUGAGACUAAGAUUGACUUUUUAAGAAACUUACCUAAGCUGUGUGAUGAUGUUAUUCUCGUGUUGACUGAGCAUGAAUUCAGUGUUUUAGUUGAAGAGAUAAUUAAUGCUAUUCCAAAGACAGCAAGCUCGACAGUGCAAGCACAAAAACUGUUGUGUCUACAAAAAAUUGUCGAUAGUAAUUUGUUUAUCAACGCAGAUGGACGUGAAAUCCUUAUGCCGCUCGUUUUAAAGAACUUAAGUUAUCAUAUGGAACGAAAACAAGAGUUGAUGAACUGUCUUGAUCUUCUGGGAGAUUGUAUAACCGCUGUUCAACAUUUGGGCACCAGUGAAGUGUCAAAUGACAUCAGUUUGCUUAGUUCUUCCAUGUUGAGUAUUCUUCUCAACGUUAUACUUACCAUUGAUCGAAGAGGACAGAUGACUGGUUUAUCUGUGGCUUGUCUACUUGGAAUACUAAAAUUAAUGGAAAAAGAACAUUACGAAAAUUAUUUAGAAGUUUAUGAAAAUAAAAUUGAUUUAAGAGAUUUUAUGAAGAAAUUAACCGUAGCUUUUAAAGAAUUGCUGACAAUGGAAAUAUUCCCUAAGGAUUGGUUUACAUUGAAAACUGCUGGGAAUCACGUUAUUCUAACCGCUGUGCAGUAUUUCUCGAAAGCAUUUACAGAUUACUUUCUGGAGAGUGAAUAUUUCGAUCAACAGUUGUGGCAAAAUUAUUUCCAGUUAUCAGUUCUGUUUUUAACGCAACCGACGUUGAGCUUGGAAUCUUUCCCUACUGCUAAGCGAGCAAAACUUCUGAGAAGGUAUGAUGAUAUGAGACUUGUUAUGGGAUUCGAGAUUCACGCAAUGUGGGAUAUGCUGGGUAACAUGAAGAAAUAUUUCAUACCUGCUUUGAUUGGCGCGUUUUUAGAGAUGACGCUCGUUCCUGAGCUUGAACUGCGAAAAGCUACCAUUCCAAUCUUCUACGACAUGAUGAAAGUUGAGUUCGCUGAGCACCACACUUUUAAAAGGGUGGAAGCAGAAUUAAUCGAGAAAUUAGAACUGUUGAUGAAUCAUAAAAAAGGAGAUUUGGAAUUUCAGGAAUUAUUUCAUGAGAUAAUGUCGAACAAAUUCACAGAGUGUCGAGAUCCACAACUACACGAAGAAGGCUUGAAAUCAGUUCAUUCCAUCACAGAACUGUUAAAACGGUUGCUUGAUUACAGAGUUGCAAACAAUGAUGAUAGCAACAAUGACCAAAAGAUGUUGUGCACUGUGCGACUGCUGGAAUUUUACAAGGAUCUCGGACGUCCAGAUAUGUAUAUCAAAUACAUUUACAAACUGGUUGAAUUACAUGUGUUGUGUAACAAUUACACAGAAGCUGGCUUCACUUUACAACUGCAUGCGUCACUCAUGGAUUGGACAGAUACUGAAUUGCCAAAGUUUUUAAAAUUUCCGAAACAGCAAGAGUGGCAUAGAAAGGAACAGUUGUAUCUAGAGAUAAUCGACUACCUUGAUAAAGGAAAGACAUGGGAAAGUGGUAUCACAUUAUGUAAAGAGUUAGCUCAGCUGUACGAAAACAAAAUCAUCGACUACACAAAACUAAGUGAAAUCUUGCGCAAACAGGCUUAUUUUUAUGACAAUAUAAUGAAGCAAAUGAGACCAGCUCCGACGUAUUUCCGCGUUUCGUUUUAUGGGCGCGGUUUCGCGCAUUAUUUGAAGGACCAGGUCUUGAUAUACAGAGGUCUGGAACUAGAAACACUUGCUGGAUUUACAUCUCGUAUAAAAAAUGAAUUUCCUGGCGCUGAGAUCAUGUACAAAAACACUCCUCCUGAUGUCUCCAUCGUACAGGGCAUUGGACAACAUAUUCAAAUAUGUAAUGUGAAUCCUGUCACGAAUGAGGGGAUUUUUGAAGUUAAAACCGUCGACGAAAAAAUUUCCAGUUAUUACCGAUCCAAUGAAGUGACGCAAUUUGUGUUCUCCAGACCGUACCAUAAAGGAGAAAAAGACCCAGCCAAUGAGUUUAAGACGCUGUGGUUGGAACGGACAAGUCAUUGGACAAAGAGAAAGUUUCCCAACAUUCUAAAAUGGAGCACCAUCGAAUCUACCAGAAAGGUUGAUAUGACUCCAAUCGAAAAUGCAAUCGAAUCAAUCUUAUCGAAAAAUCAGGAGCUGGUCAAUAUUAUUGAAGAAUAUAAAGAAAAGAAAAAUGCAAAUGUUAAUCGAUUGAGCAUGAUAUUAAAUGGAGUCAUUGAUGCAAAUGUUAACGGUGGUAUUUCUAACUAUCAAAAUGCGUUUCUUUCGGAUGAGUAUUUAUUUUUCAAUGGUGACGACAUUGACAAAGUGCAACAACUGAAGACUCUUUUACAAGGCCAGUCAAAUAUUUUGAAAGAAGGUCUGGAUAUUCAUGAAACGUUCGCAACUGAGCAGUUAAAACCUUUUCAUGAGAAAAUGGUAAUGAUGUACUCUGCGAUGAAAGUCAGUGUCGAAACUGGACAGCAAAUGGAGAAUGUACUGGCACGUCCGAAUUCAAUUAACUUAACGGGAACUGCACCAGGACGGGCUUCGCCAAAAACCAACUCGCCUAGGAACUCACCACUUGAAACUCGUCGCGUCGGUAACAAUCUAACAAAAACGUCGUCGGAUGGUGAAAUUACCCCCAGAAGAGAAAAGACCCCGGGUAAAACCAUAUCAACGUCUCUUCAAAACAUGUUUCGUCGCAGUAGUGUACCACACAUGGCAUCCGGUGAAAGCACUCCCGACAGUAAAAAGGCCCCACCGCUACCCCCUCGCCGUACUUCAGUGCCAUCAGUAACUGGUGAAGAGGAUUUGCAGUCGUCACCGACAAUACCUUCGGAUAUUCCACCUGCAGCUCUAAAAAGACUUGGUCUCCAACAAGCUGGUUUGACUGCUUCUGCACCAAGUUUAGCCUUUAUAAAAGAAGAAGAAGCCCCUUCCCUUCCACCUCGACAGAAGCGCCACACAGGCGAAGAGUCUCAUAGUACUUUUUUUACAGAAGUCGUUAAUUCCCUGGAAGUGAACCGCGACAGUGUAUUUGACAGUUCAGAAAGUUCAUUUGGAAGCAGCCAGAAUGUAGAUGAUAGUCAAGUGCCAUCUUCACGUACCAGUAGCACGGACGGACGUGAUGACGGUCUAAACUCGCGAACUCUUGAUGGGUUUAAAGAGCCAACUUCAACUGAUUUACAAAAUAUGAAAUUAUAUGGUAACAUUUCACAUGAAAAAAUUGACGAUAAAGAUUUUUAUGAUUCUCCUAAAGAACUUGUUCCAAUUAUGUAUUUCGGAGAUGAUGCCCCGCCCGUGCCUGCCCCUCGAAAUAUUCAAGGAACUCGAGAAAGACCGAAGGUUCCAGCACGAAGAUCUGUCACGCAAGUUGAUGUAAACAAUCAAGGUGAGGAGGAGGAUGAUGAAAAUGACUCUCCACCGCCCUUACCUCGAAAAUCUUCUUUUCGAAAAAUAAGUUAGUUCAGUUUAACUCAUAAUUUUGUGUGUUUUAUAUUUAGUUGAUAAACAAUUGUAAAUUUAAAUUCGAAUUUGUCUUUUCAAUAUUUAUCUCUUUUUGUGUGUAAUUAAAUUAUCUGUCUUCUUAUAAACUUUUUAACAACAAAGAAAUCAUGCUUACCGUUUUAUUGCCGAGACUAGAGUAAGUCUUGUCAGUUAGGUGUGUAAAAAAAGUGAAUUAUUUUUUACUCUGUUAUUGUUUAUAUUUUCAGAUAGAAUAUUUAAAGCAAAACACGUAAUUGUUUGAUUUUUUUUCAAAUUUCUAUUUUUGAUUUGUUUUUAUACCAGCAAUUUUGUAUUUUUUUUAUAAUGCUUUCAACCUCGUCCAAACGCAAUAAUUUUCAGUUAAACGGAUUCUUAACUUAGAGAAACAUUUCUUAAGGACUUAACACGGAUGACCCCGUUUGCGGUUGUCCAUAAAUAAGGUUUUCAUCCGAUUUCCCGGAUUUUUUCCCGGGAAUCGCGAAAAAUACACGAAAUUUAACCCUAAUUAUUUUUAAACACUGAACUUAUAUUUUUUGGUUAAUUUUUUGUCGAUAUAUUGUACAUAAUUUUACAUCGGUUUAGUACCAAAAUAUGCAGAAUGAAA